CAUCUAUAAAUACUCAUCAUUGCCUUAGCUUUUUUCCUCCCCCUCCUCCUUUCAUCUUUCAAUACAAUAUUGCUCUCUAAGCUUUGAUUCUUCUUAAUUCAUACCCUUCCCACACUCAUUCAUUGUUGUGCGUCUGGUUUUCUGCCUGAAAUGGAGUACAUGAACCAGAGACCAAAAUAUGAUUGCCUUCUUUUUGAUUUAGAUGAUACUUUGUAUCCACUAAGCACUGGUCUUGCAAAAGCAUGUGGCCAAAACAUUAAAGACUAUAUGGCCGAAAAGCUUGGCAUAGAGAAAAGCAAAAUUGAUGACUUGUCCAACCUCCUCUACAAGAACUAUGGAACAACUAUGGCUGGUUUAAGGGCAAUUGGAUAUGACUUUGACUACGAUGAAUAUCACAGUUUUGUUCAUGGGAGAUUACCUUAUGAGAAUUUGAAACCAGACCCAGUUCUGAGGAACCUCUUGCUGAGCCUACCCUAUAGGAGACUGAUCUUCACAAACUCAGACAAAGUCCAUGCAGUUAAGGCACUAAGCAGGCUAGGAUUAGAAGACUGCUUUGAAGGAAUCAUAUGCUUUGAGACCCUUAAUCCCAUCCACAAAAGCACUGUCUCUGAUGAUGAAGAUGACAUUGAAUUUGUGGGGGGUUCAGGCACAACCAAUCCAACCACAAAAAAAGAUGCUAGCAGCUUUCAAAUCUUUGACAUCAUUGGCCAUUUUGCUCAACCCAAUCCCCACACAGUUUUGCCAAAGACACCAAUUAUUUGCAAACCAUCAGAAAAUGCCAUUGAGUUGGCCCUCAAGAUAGCCAACCUUAAUCCACAAAGAACUUUGUUCUUUGAGGAUAGUGUCCGCAACACACAAGCUGGAAAACGUGUGGGUCUUCACACUGUGCUGGUUGGAAAAUCUCAGAGAAUUAAAGGAGCAGAUUAUGCAUUAGAAAGCAUCCACAACCUUAGGGAGGCAGUGCCAGAACUAUGGGAAGAUGACAUAAAAUCAGAAGUUGCUUAUCCUGGCAAGCUUGCUGUGGAGACAUCUGUGACUGCUUAGAUCAUUGAUGAACAAAAAAAUAAAAUAAAAAAAAUAAGAAAAAGAGAGAGAAAGAGAGAAGUCCUUUGUGAAUUUCCCGAGUUGGGAUGUAGUAAUUGUAUGUAGUUGAUGUAGAUGCUUUGAUCAUAUUACAAUUAUAAUAAAAUAAUAUGUGUAGUUGACGUAGAUGCUUUGAUAAGAUAAUAAUAAAAAAUUAAUAUAAAAUAUUAAAUUCUCCA